AUGGCUUUAUCUGUCGCGCGACCGCUUGUAACAGUUUAUAAUGAUAAAAAUGAAUCAACCGGAACGACGAUUGUGCUUCCAUCGGUGUUUAAAGCUCCCAUACGUCCGGAUGUUGUAAAUUUUGUUCAUGAUCAGAUGGCCAAGAAUAAACGCCAACCAUAUUGCGUGAGCGAAAAGGCAGGCCAUCAAACUAGUGCAGAAUCAUGGGGAACAGGAAGAGCUGUAGCUCGUAUUCCCCGUGUCAGAGGAGGAGGUACUCAUCGCUCCGGUCAAGGAGCGUUCGGAAAUAUGUGUCGAGGUGGUCGUAUGGCAUCUCCAACAAAACCAUGGCGCCGUUGGCACAGAAAGAUUAAUCUUAAUCAACGUAGGUAUGCAAUGGUAUCUGCAUUAGCUGCAUCUGGAGUUCCAGCUUUGGUAAUGAGCAAGGGACAUAUGAUUAAUGAGAUUCCUGAAUUACCCUUGGUUAUCUCUGAUAAGAUCCAGGAGUAUACCAAGACCAAACAAGCCGUAGUUUUUCUUCGGCGUAUCAAAGCAUGGAAAGAUAUUGAAAAAGUUUACAAAUCUAGAAGAUUUAGAGCCGGAAAAGGUAAAAUGCGUAACAGAAGACGUAUUCAAAGACGUGGUCCCCUAAUUGUAUAUUCCAAAAAUCAAGGAAUCAGAAGAGCUUUUAGAAACAUUCCUGGAGUUGACCUUAUUAAUGUUUCUAAAUUGGAUUUACUUAAAGUUGCUCCUGGAGGCCAUGUCGGAAGAUUUGUCAUUUGGACAGAGUCAGCUUUUAAAACUUUGAAUGCUCUUUACGGUUCAUGGAAUAAAGCAUCAAAAAUGAAAAAGGGCUAUAAUUUGCCUCAGCCUAAAAUGUCAAACACAGAUUUAACUAGAUUAAUGAAGGCCGAAGAAAUUUUGAAUGUUUUGAGAAAACCCAAGAAAGGAGUUAAACGAGCUGUUAAGAAACUCAAUCCUCUUACUAACACUAGAGCCAUGCUUAAAUUGAACCCAUUUGCUGCUGUCCUUAAGAGAGAAGGUAUUUUGAUGGCUCAAAAACGAAUGAGAGAAAGAAGAGCUAUGUUUAAAGAAAAACGUGAAAAACGUAGAGCAGCAUUAUUGGAGAAAAAACGUGGUCUUGCUGAAAAAAUGGGCAAGACCAAAGCUGGUGACAAAGAUCCCAAGAAAGAACCUGCUAAAGAUGCUAAGGUUGCUAAAGAAAAAGGUGUGAAGAAAUUAUCUGUUGCUGAAAAGGCAAGACAAAACCGUGGAGCUAAUAUAAGAAAAGCUAAAUUAUUAAGAAAACAGAGAAUCGCUGACAAAGGAAAGAUCAUACCUAAAUAUUUGAAGGUUAUUCAAGCCAGGAAAGCUGCAAUUAAGGCUUCAGCCCUUAAUAAGAAGAGAGUUAAAGCUGCUAAGAUGAAGAGGAGAUGGGAAAAAUUGGAAAAGAUAAAGAAAAUUAAAUUGGACAGAGAAUUGAAAAAAUCUCAAAAGCCCAAGAAAGUUGACAAGGAUAAGAAAGGCAAAGAGGAAAAAGUUGAUGUUAAAAAGGAACGAAUUGAGAAAAGAACAGUUAGAAGGUUGCUGAAAUCUAAGAAAUCUAAAAAGGUUAUUCCCAAGAAGAACACUCCCAAGGCCAUAGCACUUAGAACUAAAAUUGCCAAGGCCAAAACAUUAGCUAGAAAAGUUAGGGUAGCUAGGAGUCUUAAGUUAAUUAAAAUAAAACAAAAGAACAAGGAAUUGGGUAUUAAGCAAAAAGCUGAAGCUAAAGCUAGAGCUGCUAAACUUAAAGCUGAGGCUAAAGAAGCGGCUGCAAAGAAAAAGGCUGAAGCUUUAGAAAAAGCUGCCAAAAGAAAGGCUAAAGAAGAAUCUAAAUCGGCUGGAAAGAAAAAGCUUGAUGACAAAUCUAAGAAAGAUCUUAAAUCGAAAACUGCAAAAGCAAAGCCACAAGCCGCCAAACCCGGAGACAAAAAGAAAGAAACCCCUAAGAAAGUCAGCCAAGGAAAACCAACAGAGAAAAAGGUUAAAAAAUAA